UCUGUUUGAAAACUGGGCCCACUGAAUUUAUCUGUAACUGUUCUUUCCUUAUGUACUUAAAAAAUAAUGUUCUAGAAGCGUCUGUGGCAAGUUAGCUGCGUUUUUAGUUUUUGCUUUGCCUUUGGUUGUGACAGAUGGCGAAGUCGAGUGAUUGCACCAGCAAUUAAUUUCAAUAAAUAUCCAUGUUAAUCAUCAUCAUGGGAUUGAUCCUUCAGAGCCAGAUACGUUAUUGUUAGUAACUAAAAGUAAAGUACCAUUGCGAUGGAACAACUCAAACGGAUAAAGGGAGUGAGGGGCCGUCUCAAAUCCAGCCUCACCAAACUGCUAUACACAGCAGAAAACUCUUCCGCAUCAAUCGGCGUUGACGUGGAGGUACUGCUAGUCAGGCCCGACAAAGUUUGGAAUGAUUUCGAACUUGCCGGAGAUGAUCUGAGCGUGCUUGACGUCGAGGGCUGGGUUGAUCCUGCGGAUGACUACGGCAUGUAUGAGGCGAAGUACCUAAAAGCCCGUGCGCUUUUAUUUUCCCUCAAGCGCUCACAGAAGCCGACAACACCAACAACAAAGAGACAUGCAAAAGGAGACUCAAUAGCUAACAACGACGCUAUUUCUCGCUUAGUGCAGCAACAACAAGAGUUCUUCGAACGCCUCGAAGCAACUUUAACACCAACCCAGGCUGAAGCCGCGGCUCCAGUAAGGGAGACAGAAUUACCGAAAAUUCACAUAAAACCGUUUGGUGGCUUUUACAAGAUGAGGCUGCAAGUUUGGUACGCCACUUGCCGAUUUCUGAGACCGCAUAUGACAACGCUUUGGAGCGCCUCAAUGCGAGAUACGAUCGACCACGUCAAAUUAUUCACAACCUGUUGGACAUCUUUAUACAUAAUACAUAACAUAAUUGACCAGGUAUCCCUGGAGAGUUUUUUCCAAAUUUGUUUAAAUUUCUAUUUUUUAAAUAACAAAUUAGCCGAUUUUUUUCCUCAAAAAUCACGUUUUUUACUUCAAAGUGUUCCCAAAAAUUUAAAAAUCGGAUCUUCUAAAAACCCUCCCAGGGUUACCUGGGAAAAAUGUCUAUCUAACGAUAGAACUUUAAUUUUUUGAUUUCAGAUAAUCUACAACCGAUAUAUGAGGGGCACCGCAAUGCAACUUUUUUUCGAGGAGCCUGCUAAUAAUGGUCGCCAUUGCCGUAGUUCUUAUUAUUUUUUUCUGAAAAUUUUACAAAACAUUCUUCAAAUGUUGUACUUCAAUCUAAAAAUAGUUUAAAUAAAUAGAUGUUUACCAGAUCCUCAAAAAAAAAAAACAUGAAAAUGUGUCUUUUUUUGCUCGCUCAGACCCUAACCCCCCC